AUGGUUCCAACAGCUCUUCCUCUAAAAGUCCAAGGAAAAUGUGAUGAAUUUGUAUCAACCUUUAUCGAGAAUUGUGCGUUUGAUUUAUCACAAAAACUUUUGCAUGACGGAAUAUGGAAGGAGACAAAUACUGAACUUUCAUAUGUUGCGAAGAGGAUUUUGAAUACUUUGCAAAAGUGA